CAACAGCACCAAAUCUGGAAGCCAACAAAUCUCAAGCUCUUCCCAGAGCGCAGACAUUCUGGGCAGAAAGAGCGAGGGGGCCGGCACCGUGGACCCCAUGCUGAUGACCAGCAUCAAUGGCGAGAGGCCCCAGGAGUCGGGCCCCAGCGGGACACCAGCCAGAAAACCCCUGCCCUUCAAGAGAGGGGUGAGGAGGGGCGAUGUGUUGCUGAUGGUGGCCAAGCUGGACUCGGACUCAGCCAGGCCGGAGCAGAGGACCCAGCCCCGUGGGGCACCCACUUGCAAGACCCCACCCCCAGCCACAGACCCUGGGGUUGAAAAGAAAGGGGAGACCUCAGAGACUCCUUGUGGCCCCCAGGCCAGCACCAAGGAUGCAGCUCCGAAGGCUGAGAGGACCCAGGCUGGGGGUCUUGGGGACCUGGGAACUGUGUUACUGACAGAAGGCGAGAAGGAUCAAGGCACAGUGAGGAAGGGGGGCGGGGCCCCACAGACCAAAGGGGUGAAAGGGGGUGAACUCCAGGGCACAGAGGGGCCAGGGGAGGGGGGGCAACCAGGGACAGUGGAGAAACGGGGAGGGGACCCCUCAAGCAAGGUGGCAAAGGGGAAUCUCUCCCAGGAGGCAGCCGGUGAAAGGAAGUGGGCUGGGGCCAGAACCCAGGUGAGAAGGUGGGGAGUUUCCCUGGGCAGAAGGAGCAGGUGGGACGGCCCCCAGAGUAAGAAGGACAAAGAAGGUGUGCUCCUAAGUCAGGCAAACAAGACCGAGGAGCCUCAGGCCAAGGCAGAGAAGGUGGGCACAGCACAAGGACAGGUGGGAGAAGCCCCCGGAGCAAUGGAGAGAGCAGGUCAACCCCAGGGUGAGAUGGAAAAGGUAGGGCAGCCUCAGGGCAGGUCUGGGGAGGCAGGGAAAGCUGGAAGGAAGACAGAGAAGGGCUCUCAAGCCCCAAAGGAGAUGGAUGCACGUGGGGAGACACUGGCAGCAGCCGGGAAGGAGGACCAGCCUGAAAGCAGAGGGCAGGAAGCAGAGGAGCCCUGCACUAGCACAGGUGAUGGGGGCCCAGAGCUGGAGCUGGAAGGACCUAGAAAGCCUGCUCUGGAGAGCUGUGCAGAAAGGCCUGAGAUGAAGAGCCGAGAGGGGCCAGCCCUGCAGGAGGGGAGCGGAGGUGGCCAGAGCAGAGUCUCGGACCAGGCUCCUGAGGACAGAUGGUACGAGGCAGAGAAAGUCUGGCUGGUUCAGAAGGAUGGAUUUACUCUUGCGACAGUGCUGAAGCCAGAUGAGGGAACAGCCGACCUGCCGGCAGGAAGGGUGCGACUUUGCAUUGAUGCUGACAAAAGCAUCACGGAGGUGGAUGAGGAUCAACUUCACCGGGCCAACCCCCCCGAGCUGGACCAGGCGGACGACCUGGCCUCCCUGGUCAGUGUCAAUGAAUCCAGUGUCCUGAACACACUCCUGCACCGCUACCGGGCUCAGCUUCCACACACCUGCGCUGGGCCUGACCUGAUUGUCCUCCAGCCGCGGGGGCCCCCGGCACCUUCUACAAGCAAGGUGCCCAGGGGCCGCCGGGACGGCUUGCCUGCCCACCUCAGCUCCCUGGCCCAGCGGGCGUACUGGGCUAUGCUGAGCCAGAGGAGAGACCAGAGCAUCGUGGCCCUGGGCCGGAGCGGAGCUGGGAAGACCUCCUGCUGUGAGCAGGUCCUCAAGCACCUGGUGGGGAUGGCGGGCAGUGUGGACGGCAGGGUCUCAGUGGAGAAGAUUCGAGCCACCUUCACCAUCCUUCGGGCCUUUGGCUCUGUGUCCACCAGUCACAGCCGCAGUGCCACCCGCUUCGCCAUGGUGAUGUCGCUGGACUUCAAUGCCACAGGCCGAGUCACGGCUGCUCAGCUCCAGACCAUGCUUUUGGAGAAGAGCCGUGUGGCAAGGCAGCUGGAAGGGGAAGGCAGUUUUGAGGUUUUCUCCCAGAUGCUAGCUGGACUGGACCUGGAUCUCAGGACAGAUCUGUACCUGCACCAAAUGGCAGACAGCAACUCCUUCGGCAUGGGUGUGUGGCCUAAGCCUGAAGGCAAGCAGAGGACGGCAGCUGCCUUCGCCCAGCUCCAGGGCGCCAUGGAGACGCUGGGCAUUUCGAAGAGUGAGCAGAGAGCCAUUUGGCGAGUGCUGGCAGCCAUCUACCACCUGGGUGCGGCGGGGGCCUGCAAAGUGGGCCGGAAGCAGUUCAUGCGCUUUGAGUCGGCAAACCACGCAGCAGAGGCCCUGGGCUGUGACUAUGAGGAGCUGAACAUGGCCACCUUCAAGCACCACCUGCGGCAGAUCAUUGAACAAGUGACGUCUGGGCCAAGCCGACGGAGCCCAGACGACGAGGAUACCAGCUCAGGGCUCAAGAUGACGGGUGCGGAGUGUGUGGAGGGCAUGGCCGCGGGCCUGUACCAAGAGGUCUUUGCCGCUGUGGUCUCUCUCAUCAACAGAUCCUUCUCCUCCCAGCACCUCUCCAUGGCCUCCAUCAUGGUGGUGGACUCUCCAGGCUUUCAAAACCCCCGGCACCAGGGCAAAGACAGGGCUGCCAGCUUUGAGGAGCUGUGCCACAAUUACAUCCACGAGCGCUUGCAGCUGCUUUUCUACCAGUGGACCUUUGUCUCAACGCUGGAGCGAUUCCGGGAGGAGAACGUUCCUAUGUCAUUUGAUCUCCCGGAGCCAUCCCCAGGGGCCACAGUGGAUCUUGUGGAUCAGAGUCCCUCACAGGUCCGCUUACUGGCUGGAGGAGGUGCUGAGGACGCCAGGGGCCUUUUCUGGGUCCUAGAUGAGGAGGUCCGGGUGGAGGGCUCCAGUGACGGCGUGGUGCUUGAGCGCCUCCAGGCAGCCUUUGAGAAGAAAGAAGCAGGAGCCGAAGGGACCUCUGCCCUUCGGACCUGCGAGCAGCCUCUCCAGUGCGAGAUUGCCCAUCAGCUGGGACAUGACCCUGUGCGCUACGACCUCACGGGCUGGCUCCACAGGGCCAAGCCCAACCUGUCGGCCCUGGAUGCCCACCAGGUGCUACAGCAGUCCAGAAGGGAGGAGCUGAGGGGCCUGUUCCAGUCCCGGGCCAAGCUGUCCCCUGUGUGCCGGGCCGUGGCCGGCCUAGAGGGCACCUCCCAGCAGGCCCAGCAGAGGAGCUGCAUGGUGAGAAGGACAUUUGCUAGCAGCUUUGCGGCAGUGAAGAGGAAAGCCCCGUGCUGCCAGAUCAAGCUCCAGAUGGAUGCAUUGAUCAGCAUGAUCAGACGGUCUCAAUUACACUUCAUCCACUGCCUGGUGCCGAGCCCAGCAGUGGAGAGCAGGGCCGGGCAGGCGUCUCCGACUCCACCGCAGCCUGGUGGAGACAAGCCCAGGGCAGGCGGGUCCCUCCCUUUGGACAUCUCAGCACUGCGGGUGCAGCUUGCGGGGUCCUACAUCCUGGAGGCACUACGUCUGCACAGGACAGGCUACGCUGACCACAUGGGGCUCACCCAGUUCCGCCGAAGAUUCCAGGUGCUGGACCCUCUACUCAUGAAGAAGCUCCUGUCGGCCCCCGAGGGCAUAAACGAGAGGAAGGCCGUGGAGGAGCUCCUGCAGACCCUGGAUCUGGAGAAGAAGGCAGUGGCCGUGGGGCACAGCCAGGUCUUCCUCAAGGUGGGCGUGGUCUCCAGGCUGGAGAAGCAGCGGGAGAAGCUGGUGUCUCACAGCAUCGUCUUGUUCCAGGCGGCCUGCAGGGGCUUCCUGUCUCGCCAGGAAUUCAAGAAGCUGAAGAUUCACCGGCUGGCUGCACGGUGCAUCCAGAAGAACAUGGCUGUGUUCCUGGCGGUCAAGGACUGGCCGUGGUGGCAGCUCCUUGGUUCCUUGCGGCCCCUGCUGAGUGUCACCAUCGGGGAGGCUCAGCUCCGCGCCAAGGAGGAGGAGCUUACAAUGCUGAGACAGAAGCUAGAAAAGUCGGAGAAGUCUCGGAAUGAACUCCGGCAGAACACAGACCUGCUAGAGAGCAAGAUUGCUGAGUUAACCACAGAGCUGGCCGAUGAGCGCUUCAAAGGGGACAUGGCCUGCCAGGUGCUGGAAAGUGAGCGGGCAGAGUGGCUGCGGGCCUCCCGGGAGGUCCAGGAGCUAAAGAGCAAGCAUGAGCAAGUCCAGAAGAGCUUGAGAGAAGUGGAGAAGCGUUUGGAAGAAGCCCAGCAGAAAAUUCAGUUGAAUGAUUUGGAAAGGAGUCGCACUGGAGGAGCAGACGAGUGGCAGAUGCGCUUCGACUGUGCUCAGAUGGAGAACGAGUUCCUCAGAAAGCGUCUCCAGCAGUCGGAGGAGAGGCUGGACUCAGAGCUGGCGUCUCGGAAGGAGCUGGAGCAGAAGCUCGGGGAGCUGCAGACUGCUUACGAGGGGGCCAAGAAGAUGGCCCACCAGCUGAAGAGGAAGUGCCGCCAUCUGACCUGUGACCUGGAGGACACCCGCUUCCUGCUGGAGAGCCAGCAAAGCCGGAACCACGAGCUUGAGAAGAAGCAGAAGAAGUUUGACACGCAGCUGGCCCAGGUCCUGGGCGAGUCCGUGUUUGAGAAGGGCCUCCGCGAGAAAGUGACCCAGGAGAACACCAGUGUGCGGUGCGAGCUGGGCAGGCUGCAACAGUGCCUGGAGCAAAAGGAGCAAGAAACCCUGCAGCUGAAGCGGGAGGUGGAGAUGCUGCAGGCCCAUAAGCAGGAACUGCUGGGGUCCCCCUCUCUGGGGGAAAAUUGCAUCGCCAGCUUAAAGGAGAGGCUCUGGAAGCUGGAAUCCAGUGCCCUUGAGCAAGAGAAAAUCCAGAACCAGCAAGAAAACACCAUCAAACAGCUGGAGCAGCUCCGCCAGCGGUUCGAGCUGGAGAUCGAGCGGAUGAAGCAGAUGCACCAGAAGGACCGUGAGGACAAGGAGGAGGAGCUGGAGGACAUCCGCCAGUCCUGCCAGAGGCGGCUCCGCCAGUUGGAAAUGCAGCUGGAGCAGGAGUAUGAGGAGAAGCAGAUGGUCCUCCAUGAGAAGCAGGAUUUAGAAGGCUUGAUUGGAACCCUUUGCGAUCAGAUCGGCCAUCGGGACUUUGACGUGGAGAAGCGUCUUCGGAGGGACCUCAGAAGGACUCAUGCGCUGCUGUCAGAUGUGCAGCUCCUUCUGGGGACCAUGGAGGAUGGCAGGACAUCGGUCAGCAAGGAGGAGCUGGAGAAAGUGCAGAGCCAGCUGGAGCAGAGUGAAGCCAAGUGUGAGGAUGCCUUGAAGACCCAGAAGGCACUGACGACAGACCUGGAAAACAUGCACAGUGAGCUGGAGCACAUGACCCGCAGCAAGAGCCUGGUGGAUGAGCAGCUGCACCGGCUGCAGUUCGAGAGGGCAGACCUCCUGAAGCGCAUGGACGAGGACCAGGAUGACCUGAAUGACCUCAUGAAGAAGCACAAGGACCUCAUUGCUCAGUCUGCUGCUGACAUCGGACAGAUCCAAGAGCUGCAGCUGCAGCUGGAGGAAGCCAAGAAGGAGAAGCACAAGCUUCAGGAGCAACUGCAGGUGGCUCAGAUGCGCGUCGAGUACCUGGAGCGGUCCACCGUGGAUCGAGCCAUCGUCAGCAGGCAGGAGGCGGUCAUCUGUGACCUGGAGAACAAGACGGAGUUCCAGAAAGUGCAGAUCAAGAGAUUUGAGGUUCUGGUGAUCCGGCUUCGGGACAGCCUGAUCAAGAUGGGCGAAGAGCUCUCGCAGGCGGCCACGUCCGAGUCCCAGCAGCGGGAGAGCAGCCAGUAUUACCAGCGACGCCUGGAGGAGCUGAAGGCGGACAUGGAGGAGCUGGUGCAACGGGAGGCCGAGGCCAGCCGGCGGUGCGUGGAGCUGGAGAAGUACGUGGAGGAGCUUGCUGCUGUCAGACAGACCCUCCAGACAGACCUUGAGACAUCCAUCCGGCGGAUCGCUGAUCUGCAGGCAGCCUUGGAAGAGGUGGCGUCCAGUGACAGCGACACGGAGAGUGUCCAGACAGCGGUGGAUCGUGGCAGCGGCGGCACAAAAGAGAUAGAUAACGUCUCCAUCCUCAGCUCCCGGCCAGAGGGCAGUCUGCAGUCCUGGUUGAGUUGUACUCUGUCCCUGGCCACGGACACCGUGAGAACCCCCUCAAGACAGUCAGCCGUCAGCAGCCGUAUCCUCAGCCCCAGGCUGCACGAGGAGGCGGGUGAUGCCGAGCGGACCCAGCGCUCAUCGGCACUGGGCGGGGCCCGGGACUUUCGCAGCCAGACCUCGGGGGACAAGGCCGUGUCUCCCCUCUCCCUCCGCCGGAGGAAGUCCUCCCACUCUGGAGAUGGCGAAGAGUGUGGCGUCCAGAGAAAGCCUCCAGAGAGGUCGGGAGCGCUGUCUUCCUCCCCGUCUUCCUCCCCGUCUAGCCGUAGUAGAGACACGUCCCCGCUGUCCAGGGACAAGCUGCCGAGUCCGUCCGCCGCCCUGUCGGAGUUCGUGGAAGGCCUCCGGAGGAGGAGGGCACAGAGAGGCCGGGGGUCGCCGUUGGGCCUGGAAGACGGGCCCACUCUCCCCAUCUACCAGACCACCGGGGCAUCCGCGCUGAGGAGGGCCAGGGCAGGCAGUGACGAGGGGACUCUCUCGCUGAGGUCUGGGGCAGAGUCACCCCUGGACACGGCGGGCACCGCCGGGUCCUCGGCCGGCCUCCUGCGCUCCACCAGCCUUAAGUGCAUCUCUUUUGGGAGCAUAGGGGGCCCCAGCCUGCUGCCCGAGAAGCAGAAGACCCGGUUCAGUUCCUGCGAGUCCCUCUUAGAGUCGGGACCGGGCCCGGGGAGGAAACCCAGCUCCCCAUCUGCACCCAGGGACUCGUUCUUGUCGCCCACGCUGCGCCCUCGGAGGCGCUGCCUGGAGUCCUCGCUGGACGACGCAGGCUGUCUGGACCUCGGGAAGGAGCCACUGGUCUUCCAGAACCGCCAGUUCGCCCACCUGAUGGAGGACCCCUUGGGCAGUGACCCAUUCAGCUGGAAGGUCCCGAACCUCAACUAUGAACGCAAGACCAAAGUGAAUUUCGAUGACUUCCUCCCGGCCAUCCGGAAGCCCGAGAUGCCUAUGUCCUUGGCCAGAGCGGCCAGAGAUGGGCAAGACAGUUCACAGCAUUCAAGUGUCCACUUUGAGACAGAAGAGGCGGACCGGGGCUUUCUCUCAGGGAUCACCACCAUUUUGAAAAAGAGCCCCGAGUCCAGGGAAGACCCUGCUCACCUCUCUGACUCGUCCUCCUCCUCCAGCUCCAUUGUGUCCUUCAAAAGCGCUGACAGCAUCAAGAGUCGGCCUAGAGUCCCGCAGCUGGAGGGUGACGGUGGUGAGCGAACGUCCCCGGAGACCAGAGAGCUCGGGGCAGGGAGGAAGGACGAGGACGUGGAGAGCAUCAUGAAGAAGUACCUGCAGAAGUAGGGAGCAGCUCAGUGGCUUCGCUGCGGUAACACCAUCUGGGAAUGCGGGACUCUGGGGCUCCAUCACCAAAACUCACGUCCUGUGUCCGUGUAUCAGCUCUGACCUGCGCUUGUUUCCAGCCUCCUGAGAUGCACUGCCCUCAAAGACUUCCCACCUCCACGACUGUCCAGAGGGAGACCUGCUAGACCUCUCCAGGAGCCCUGGGUCCAGAGCCAGCAUGGCCGCCCUCAAGAGGCUGAGGUGCCCAGUAGAGGUGCAUCCUGUAGGGCAUGGGGCUCCUAGCACACUAGGUCUGUACAAAAUAAAGCAUUGGCUCCUUGGCA